AGAGGCGAAAGGGAGCCAUACCGAGAGAAUGGCAAUCGCAUCGCUACAGUAUUAUUCUAUAAAGAAGAAAAGAAUGCGUUCAAGAGCCUCAAGACUGGAAAUAGACUCGCCACGGUGUUAUUUUAUAUGACUAAGCCGGAACGUGGAGGGGCGACCGUGUUCAACAACUUGGGCACAGCCGUCUUCCCGUCCAAGUAUGAUGCGUUGUUCUGGUAUAAUCUGAUGAGAAGUGGCGAGGGAGAUUUGCGUACUCGACACGCAGCCUGUCCAGUUCUCCUUGGGGUCAAAUGGGUUUCAAACAAGUGGAUUCAUGAGCGCGGGCAAGAAUUCGCCCGUCCUUGCGGGUUAGACGAAGACGUUCAAGAAUACUUCGUCGGAGACCUCACUCCACGUUCUCGUAAAUAUCGCAAGUAG